AGCCGCCCAGGCUGUGCUCACUGCAUCCUACAGCAGGAGCUGACAGUUAAACGCCGCGCAACUUCUCCUUUUAGAGCCUCCUCAGUGCUUGCCUUGUGCAGCUGAGAAACCAAAAUGCCCGCGGGACCUGCAUGGUGUCACCCUGCUUUACUAUUGCUUCUCUCCUCCGCACCCCUGUGGGCCGCUGAGAUUUCCUGCAGGAAUGAAGACGGGGAGACAGUCGAUUGGUUUGCUCUUUACAAGUUGCCAAAACAUGCCAAAGGAGAGAGUCCCUUGCUGGGCCUGGAAUACCUGUACAUGGACACCCUGGCUCCGCAGUGGCAGCUCGGUAAAUACCUCGUCAACAUGACACAGGGUGCUCUGGGACAAACACUGAAGCAGCUGUACGAGAUGUAUGAAUCUGAGAGGAACAGCAUUGCAUAUGCGAUAUACAAUGAUGAGGUCCCUGAACCAGACUCCAGUGGGUGGAAAAGAGGACACACCAAAGGUUUUCUGCUCUUGGACAAAUCACAAGGCUUCUGGGUGAUUCACAGUGUGCCCCUGUUCCCUCCCAUCCCUGAGGAUGGUUAUGGGUAUCCAGCCACUGGGGAGUCCUAUGGACAGACAGCCAUCUGUAUAACCUUCAAAUAUGACCAGUUCACAGAAAUAGACCAACAGAUGCUGAGUAAUAAUCCAGGAAUCUACAGCUGUUCCAUCCCUAACAUCUUCCAAGCUGACCUCCCAAAUCUGGAGAAGCUCUGUGCAGGGUCCACGCUGCCCUCAGUCCCCUUGCGCCACCUCUCCAAGCUCCAGUCAGCUCACGGGGAAACCUUUCUCCACUUUGCAAAGUCACACUUGUUCAUAGAUGAUAUCUACGUGGCCUGGAUGGCCCAGGAACUGAAAACUGAUUUGUUGGCUGAAUCCUGGCAGCAUUCCCGCCAAAAACUUCCUUCAAAUUGCUCUCUCGACUACCACGUCUACAACAUAGACCUAAUAGGGAUGCCAUUGAAUUUCACCUUCUAUUCCAUUAACGAUCAUUCCAAAUGGGCUGUUGCAAGGAAAUAUGAAGAUCAGUGGACCUGCAUUGGAGACUUAAACCGUGCUGCUGAGCAAGCUUGGAGAAGUGGUGGGUUCAUCUGUACACAGAACGAACACAUCUACAAAGCCUUCAGGCAUUUGAUAAUCCACUACAACAGCUGCACCGAUGCUUCCACAUUGAUAUAACGAACCAUUCCUCCCAAAGAGUACAGCCCCUCAUUACACAGAAAGUGUAGGAAAUACCUCCCUUAAACCAUAUUUUCACUCUGAAGAAUGGCCCUGUGAGUUGCCAGAUGUGUUAGACCUUCACCUCAUUAGCUAUGAAAGCAGGCGUUUUGCAGGUGAAUUAUGGCUGUUUAUCUCUGGGUGAUGGACCAGCAGACCCUGUGUGUGCUGAGCCACACUCUGCUCUCUCCCUGGCUCCUCUCACCAUCAGCGCCAGGCUGGGAUGCUGCUGCACAAGGCUACAGCAAAGCACAUCGCUGUGAGCGACCGUGCACAGGCGUCCCCAAGGGAACUUGUGAGUGAUGCCAGACAUGGGACACGAGGAACCGGUCUCGUUAGCUAGGCUGUCAGGGCAGGACAAAGCAAGAGAAAAGUACCCCAAAAUGCUUCAAAAUUGCCCCACAUUCCAGGCACUGUUGACAUCAAUCACAGCAUUUCUGCUCAGUUUAGGCUGAGUCUCUUAAAGAGCUGACUUAAUUGGAUACAGACAGGGAGAUGAGUUGAUCUGUGGACAGAAAGGCUUCAUUUUUACAUGAUUCAUCUUUAGAGAAGAAAUGAGCUUUAGAUCAUUUGUAACCAAUAGCUUGGGAGUAUUUCUAGUGUUUUUAUUCAUGUACAGCAAUCUUAUAAACAAAUAAACAUGUCCAAAAUAUAAAUAAGCAAAAUAAAUUAAGAGCAAAAAUGGUGUGUUUACAGCCUCCCUCUUCCAUCUUUAUAGCUAUUUGUGGUUGGUUACAAUGUUUUAUAGCUGCCAAAGGUAAAAUAGAGACAAUUAGGAAAAAAAAUUAAAAAGAAAAGAGAAGAAAAUAUUUGAAGGAAUAUGUUAUUACACCUAUAUUUUCACACUACAAGAAACGUGGCUGUUAAUUUUCAUUACUUCCAGUCUCAGGUUUGGGACCUGAAGUUUGCAUGGACUUGCUAUAAAGACAAAGCUAACCUGCAAAAUCCUGAUACACUCUUGGGUUCAGAUUUCAAACGUGUAUCUGUAUUUCAUAUGAUCCUAAAUCUCAGCUGUAUUUUUUUUUUCUGAAUUACUAAUAUAAACUCCAGUCUGAAGAUUUGGCUGUUGCAUUAAUAUUCCUGUUUUGCUGUGUUCAUAGUCCAUACACUGAUUCUCCACAACAGUGUCUUAAAAGGCAGCAGAUAUAAAGAAAUGCCCCACAACUGCAAGAAGUUGUCAAAGAUUCCCUUUGCCUUUUGCCCUGAAAAAUCAACCACACAACAAAGUGUAUAAAGUACCAAACAAAUCAAUUUCAGAAAACGUUUGUGCGUACUUCUUGAAGAUAUAAAAAGAAUGUAUCAUCUGGCCUGCUUAAUGAGAAGAAUUGUGCAGGAGUAGAUUUCAUAUUUAGUCGAUCUAGAUUGAAGUCAAACCCGAGUCUCAUAGCUCUGUGAAAAUAAUGUAGAUAGCUUAGAUAUUCUGCACAAAAUAGGUCUUUUUAUCUUCCCUGUGUAUGACCCAAUAACAUUG